AUGUGGUCCGACUUGUCCGGUUUGGUGUUAUUUUUUUCGCUGGUAGGGUGUGCGGUUGCCGUCCCACCUGUAAGCAGGUCCAGGAGCGACAUUGAGUCAUUCAGGUCCUUCCUGGAGAAAAGCAGGACAGAGGAUGGCAUCCGCCUAGAAUCCCGUAUGCUAGCGAACCCCAAGGCUUCGGUCUGGGAGAACAGUGGCAAGUUCGAAGGCGACAUCUUGUUGAAUGAUGAGCAGGCUGAGCUCAUGCUGCAGCAGUAUGCUCAGGGCAGGAACGCAUACAUCUGGCCCAACACCAAAUGGCCUUCCAACACCAUUGUUUACGAGUUCAACAAUGAGUUCACCACCGCCCAAGUCAACGCCAUCUAUGCCGCCAUGAGGGAGAUAUCCGCGAGGACCUGCGUCAGGUUCCGUCGCAGAGAAGCCAGAGACUUCAACUUUGUCAGAAUCACUGGUCGUGCUGAUGGUUGCUACGCUAACGUGGGCUACUGGUCCUCCAUGGGCGUCCACACCCUGAACUUGGCUCGUGACACCCCUGGCCGCGGCUGCUUCACCCACACUGUGAUCAUCCAUGAAUGGCUCCAUGUAGUCGGCUUCAUGCACAUGCAGUCCACUCAUAAUAGAGACAGUUACGUCCGCAUCUUGUGGCAGAACAUCUGGCCUGGUAUGGAACACAACUUCGAGAAGUACGGAACUAAUAUAGUCAACAACAUGGGACUCCCAUAUGAAUACGCCAGCAACAUGCACUAUGGCAGAUACGGAUUCAGUAUCAACGGUCAAGCUACCAUGUUACCUAUCUUCAAUGACAACGGUUUAAUGGGACAGCAACAGUUCGUCACUGGAUGGGACUGGCUCAGGGCCAACAGACAUUACAACUGCCCCGGAGCCUGGAAUGACGUCAUCAACCACGAAGACCUUUCCAAGAGUGCCUACGAAUUUGAACCUAAAUAUGAUGAAAUACAAGACUUGCCCUUGGAUGAGGUUGUAGAAGAAAUCGCUCCACAAGAGGAAGUUGUCGAAGAGGUGGAACAUGAUCUUGCAUUGUUUUAA